GAGCGCCCGCCGUGCCUGCUGCCGCUCGCUGUGCCCGGCGCGGAGCUUGCGCGGCGAGCGGGAGCCGGAGCCUCGCCGGGCCCCCGCGCAUGGGGGGCCGCCCCCGGACAUGCCCUCCUCGCCGCUCGGCUUGGCUCUCCUGCUGCUGGCGGCCGCGGGAAGGUCGCUCCCGGUGAGGCGGAGUUCAGAUGGGUCCCUCUCCGAGGUUGUGCAGAAAUGGAAGGAGUAUCAGCUCCAGUGCCAGAAAUACUUGUAUGAGACACCCCCCAUUGUGGCAGAAGGCAAGUUCUGCAACAGAACAUUUGAUGAUUAUGCCUGCUGGCCAGAUGGACUACCUGGCACCUACGUGAAUGUCAGCUGCCCCUGGUAUCUUCCCUGGGCUAAUGCAGUGCUGCAUGGGCAGGUGUAUCGCUUCUGCACCUCGGAGGGGACCUGGCUGCUGAAGGAGAAUUCAACCCUGCCCUGGAGGAACCUGUCUGAGUGUGAGCCCUCUGACCAGGAUGCACCAGAAGAACAGCUCCUGAAUUUGUCCAUCAUAUACACCAUUGGAUAUGCUCUUUCCUUCUCUGCCCUUGUAAUAGCAACUGCCAUUCUUCUUGGAUUCAGACAUCUGCAUUGCACGAGGAAUUACAUUCACCUGAACCUCUUCACCUCUUUUAUCCUCCGGGCUAUAUCUGUUUUCAUUAAAGACUCAGUGGUGAAGUGGAUGUACAGCACAGCUACACAAGAGUACCAGUGGGAAGGACUUAUAGCCUUCCAGGAAUCACUCAGCUGCCGUUUGGUGUUUGUGAUGAUGCAGUAUUGUGUGGCUGCAAACUACUACUGGCUGCUGGUGGAAGGCAUGUACCUGUACACACUGCUGGUGCUUUCCGUCUUCUCUGAGCAGAGGAUUUUCCGCCUUUAUCUCUGCAUUGGCUGGGGUGUGCCAAUGCUGUUUGUUAUCCUCUGGGGAACUGUCAAGUACCUUUAUGAAGAUGAGGGUUGCUGGACCAGAAACUAUAACAUGAAUUACUGGCUGAUCAUCAGACUGCCCAUUCUCAUCGCCAUCGGGGUGAAUUUCCUCAUCUUCAUCAGAGUUAUAUGCAUCAUCAUCUCCAAACUUCAGGCUAAUUUGAUGUGCAAAACUGACAUAAAAUGCAGGUUGGCCAAGUCUACGCUGACUCUGAUCCCACUGCUGGGGACCCACGAGGUCAUCUUUGCCUUUAUUACUGACGAGCAUGCCAGAGGGAUGCUGCGCUUUGUGAAGCUUUUUACUGAGCUCUCCUUUGCUUCGUUUCAGGGGCUGAUGGUUGCAAUUCUUUACUGUUUCAUCAAUAAUGAGGUUCAGAUGGAGUUUCGGAAAAGCUGGGAGCGCUGGAGAUUGGAACACUUGUAUGUCCAGAGGGACAGCAGUAUGAAACCUCUGAAGUGUCCGGCCAACAGCAUCAGCAGUGGAGGCACAGUAGGCAGCAGUGUCUAUGCUGCCACUUGUCAGGCCACAUUCAGCUGAGAUUUCUGCAGGUGAAUCGGACUGAGAACAAUGAACUGUAUAAUGUACCUGAAAACCCUUAAAUACCCAAGCAAGUGGCUUAAGUUUGCCAUGUCCAGCAAGAAACUUAAGCAUGUGCUGCUCAUUGCCUGCAGGCUGUUGGACAAAGGUUUCUAGGGAAAGCAAUCUGCUAAUGUAAUGAACACAUCAGAGGAAAAAUUGGUCAUGUCUAAAGUAAGUUAAGAGUUUUUUCCUAUUCGCACACAAGGCCUCCAGGGGUCCAAAACUUAAGCGUUGCAUUGAUCCAGUCUGAAACCACAGGGUCAAUGGCUUAUUACUGUUGAGUGGGUGAGCUGAGUGAUUGACUGAUUAAAUUACAAGGAUAUAGAAUAUGAUUAUUGCCAAGAAAUACAUUUAGACUUUUCUGGGGACAGGGUAAGGUGCUAUCACCAUUUUUAGAAAAAAAAAAUUUAGUGGGAUGCAACUUGCGUUUCAGGGAAGAAUCAGUUUUGUAGCAGGGGUUUCCCAAAGUUAAAGUUGAAAAUAUGCCAAUCUGUUUUCUGGGUAGGUGAAGAACAGCAUCCUGAAGGGCUAUCAAUAUACAGCAGGUAGUGUAGUGAGCACUUCUGAAUGCUAUCUUCAAGCUUCACUUAAAAAAAGUACAAAAACCCAAACAAAAUAAAAAUGCAGUAUCUGCUCGGUACCUCCUCUGCUAGGAAUAGGUGCACAUUGUCUCUGUUGACAUGGGUGGAAAUGUGCCCUGCAUGCACAGCCCUUCCAUUGUCAGUGCUAGGCUGCCCACCUGGUGGGCACACAGGCGUUCACGGCGAUGGGGUGAUGGCUUGUGUUUCAAGAGAACCUUUCAUGUCUGAGCUUUACUCUGCUUCUUGUGGGUGCAAACACACAGAAAGAAAUCAGCUUGUGGCCACUGGUGAUUUCAGCAGACCUCUCCUCAUUGCAAGGAUUCGGUAGUUGGCAGUGUGUGCUCAUCACUUUUGUUUCCCCUCUGCCCUUGGUCCUUCUCUCCAGUGACACAAGGUACCCUUGCGUGCGGAGGGUGAGGUGGCCCUGGCCAAGGGCGUGAGUUCAGGACCAAGGACAGCUCCCGGCCCCCAUUCCCGAGGUGGGCUGUCAUCCUCCAGCGCCUGCCAGCUUCCCAUCAGCAGCAUUCCAAGAAAAAAAAACAAACAAAACCAACAACUCCAAACAAAAAAUCCUGAACUCCAUGAGCUUUUUUUCUGUCCGUUUAAAACAACAAGGGCUUGUGCAGUGACUGCAUCUGCACUGUGUACUGUGUUCCCUUCCUGACGUUGACAAGAGUUGCUGGGGACAAGCAGAAGUACCUUUAGAAGCUGGAUGUGAUAGGUUGCAUCACUUAAUAACAACCUUUGCACAGCUUUACUCUUACUUGGGCUCCCUUUACAACAAAGAGGCGAAGUGCCAAAGACGAGCUCUGAGAAUCUCCCUGCUCACAGAUUUCUUGUAAUAAGUAAGUAACUUCCAUGGCAAAGUAGUUACAACAACUCAGCAGAAAUAACCCUCCCUAUUUUCAAGUCUCUGCACUUGCAUUCACAGCCCCUAUUACCAAGAAAGUGGACUGGAUAUUCUGGGAUGUAACUCAGCAUCUUUCCUGCCUGAAGCUAGAUUGCUUUGCAUGGGAUUAUUUAAUCAUUGUAUUAGAAUCCUAAUUGCCAACAGCAUGGAUUAGUUUUGCAAUCAUAAGGUUAGAAUUGAAUUAAAGAGGAUGUGUUACCACCUUCUGCUCUAAUACUAGUAAUUGAGCUCCAGGGAGAAAGACAUGUUUGCAGAAAUCCACCACAGUUCUCAGGCUGGCUUAUGUGUCUUCAGCAUGCUGGCUUCUCUGCAGGCUGCUUCCAGGCCUUCCCUCUCUUAACGUUGGUUGCAAAGCUGACUUUGGAACAAAGCACUUCAGGUUCUUCUGUAUAUUUAAUAACUAGCUUCUGUGUUGUGUGACCAUCAAUACAAUACUUGUCUACUACAUGCAGGCAUUAACUGCUGUCCUGCAAGUUAAUUAAUUAGCUUCCUGUAUGUACGGAAUAUGCUUGACGUUUCUAUCUAAUGUCUAUCCUGAAGUGCUGACAAUAGGAAAAAAGUACUAAAGAUUGUCACUGGCAGAUGAAGGGCAGCAUGGUGACAGAUGCAAUUUACACCUGUGGUUUAAUGCACACUGGUGGGAAUAAUUUCACUCAUUAAUAUUCAAGAGUGGAUGCUGGUCCUGCUUAGUAGUGUGCAAACCUGGGAAAAAAGUUUCUGCUGCUUGUGCAGCUGUUGGCAAGAUGAUAGUUUUGCUAUGACAACAGGAAGUUACAGAAGUGUUCUAACUCACUGCAGUGCUGGACAAACAAGGGUGUGUAGCAAAUGAAAGAGGACGGACAUGGAAAUAGAGAGCAUUUCCAUGUGUGGUAGGUAACAAACCUGUACUCAGUUGCUGUCACAAGCAAGAUUCAACAGCUUGACGUGCUUUUGAGUUAGUAAGCUGUUCUUGUCCCUCCUACUAAUUUGUGAACUGAGGGCUUUGGGCCCACAGGAAUAACUCCAGUUAACUUAUCUUGGUGACUUCUGCUUUGUUAGAACACAAGAGAAAAGUGAAGUAACAAAGUGAGGUCUUAGCCAAGCAGAAGGCUGCAGAGGAAAAUUUUCCCCCCUGUAAUUAAUCUCUCACUAGCUCAAACCUUUUAAAAUCCCCUCUCAAAACAACUCAGUGGAAAUAACACCAAGCAGAAUUACAGUAUUUGUGUAUUUAGAGACUGAGCAAGGCCUCAAUGCCAGUUUCUCCAUCAUACUUUAUCUACUUCAGUAAAACCUUUUACAAGCCUUUGUUAUUCAUGCCAUCUCUAUUUUACAAUGUGUAAUGUACAUUUAUUUAAGUAGCAUGAAAUAAGCAAACCAACACAAAGCACUGGAAGAGAUGAACUGUGUCGGUUUUUAUUUCUUGUGCCUUUUGGCUUCAUGCUCACUUAUUGUGGCAACUUGUUUCAUGAAGCAUUAAAUACAAGAGUAUAAAUCCACCUGGACAUAAUGCAGCUAGAGUGUAUAGCAAGUGAAAACUUUAUUUCCAGCAUUGCUGCUAUGAAUUUUUAUAAUUUCAUUGAUCUUACCUUAUAUUUAAUAUUUAUUUGCAUGUAUUUCUUCGUUUUAAAAAAUACCCACUGAACUGAACUGUACAAGAUGUCAGAUUAUCAACUCCCCAUAAACACUGUGCUGAUGUUUAUUUUUAUUGUUGUGAAUAAAGUUUCAACUCACAAAA